AGAACUUCAGAACUUCCUUCAGAACACAAGGGCAGAAACAUGUUCCAGUCGUCACAUGUGAUCAUUGCGAUGUACAGAAACGGUACAUGUUCUCCAUUUGGACGGUGAAGAGUUAGUUGUUUCUUUCUACCUGGGAAACUCGACGGGACACACCUCCACCCUGGCGAGACAGAGAUUUCGUGUGUGCUGAAACUGACAGAUGUUCAAAAGCCCCAUGAAGAUGAUGGUGAUGAGAAGACGUGUUGAGGAUUUUGUACUUCAUCCUGAAGAAGAAGAAGAAGAGGAGGAAGAAGAGGAGGAGGAGGAGGAAGAAGAAGAAAAUGAAGAGGAAGAAGAAGAAGAAUCUGAUUAUCACUCAUCCUGUUCAGGAGAGUUCAAUGACCUGAACCAUGAAGAGAAAUACAUGACUUCUGGAGAGAUUUUAACAUUUCCUGGUCCUCUGAUGAGUGCUAAAUUGCAGAAGGAUGAGCUGAUGAGAUUUAUCCAGGACAAAUGUCAGAUGUGUUUGCUUCACCUGGAUAAACCUGAGCAACAGAAAUCCUAUUUCUUCUGGACGAUUAUGGAACACUUCUGUAAUAGAAAUGGAAACGUAAUGAUGGUUGAAAUCGCCAUACUGCUCUUCAAGGGCUACAGCAUUCUGAGGAGAAAUCUCAGACGUGUGCAGAACUAUGAGGACUGGUGUCUUCCUCUGGCAGCGCUUUUAUGCUCCACUGCUCCAGAAGAUGAACACAGACAGCAGAUUAUUGAAAUGGGAGACGAGUUCGCCUCCAGAGGAUGGACCUAUGCAUCACAUAUCUGCUACGUGGCAGCACAGAAGGAUCUGGAAUCAUGCAGAAUGUUUCAACUGAUUGGAUAUGACAGUAUGCCAGACAGUAAAUCAGCCAUGAGGAAGGCGGUGGAGAGAACUGAGGUCUAUGAGUACGUGCUGUCUCUGAAAUCAGGAGUCGGCCAGUCACGUUUCCAGGACUUCAAGUACUAUCACGCCUGUGAGCUAGCUGAGGCUGGACAUCCUGCUCUGGCACUUGAUUACUGCAAGACGAUUGCUACAGCAAUCCUCACAUUCCCUCACUACAUCCAAAGCAGUGUGAUGGAAGCCCUUAUCAGUCUCUCUGAACAUCUGCUUCGAGUGGAAGAAGAAGACGAAGAAGAAGAGCCCGAGUGGCUGAUGAAACUUAACAAGCUGCUAGAAGAAAGAGCAGCUCUUUUUCACAAUCCGGGUGAACAGAAGCCGUUUAGCUCAAGCAGGUCUGAGGAAGCAGCUCAUGUGCAGUUCAACCCUUCAGAACACGCUGAGUUUGAGUCAUUGUACACUGUCGGAGAGGUGCUGGGGAGCGGAGGCUGUGGCUCUGUCUUUGCUGGAGUCCGUAAGGCAGACGGGAAACAGGUCGCCAUUAAAUGUCAAGCCAAAGAGUUCAACAGUAAUUUCAUCACCACUCCUGGAGAUACAAAGAGUCUGCCAGUGGAGGUGGCAUUAAUGGAGAUGAUGUCCAAGCCUCCUUACUGUAAGAAUGUGGUGGAGAUGUUGGAAUGGUUCGAGACGCACAAUUUCAUCAUCUUGGUGCUGGAGCGACCCAUCCCCUGCAUGAACCUCAGUGAAUUCUGUAAACUUUAUGACUGUCGAUUGCCUGAACCAGUAGCUCGAGAGGUUAUGAGGCAGGUGGUUCUGGCUGUUUGUCACUGCUGUAAACGUGGAGUUUUUCACCGAGACAUCAAGCUUGAAAAUAUUUUGAUCAAUCCAGACACAUUGGAGGUGAAGCUGAUAGACUUUGGUUGUGGUACGUUGCUGACGGACGAGGUCUACAUGGAAAUGGCAGGCACUCCAUGUUACUGGCCUCCUGAAUGGUUUCUCUAUGGUGAGUGUUUUGCCGUUCCUGUUACUGUCUGGAGUCUGGGUGUAAUUCUGUUUGAGAUGGUCUGCGGAGAGUUGCCCUUUUCCAACCAACAUGAAGUUGUUGAGGGGGAUCUGUGGCUCUUUCCUGAUCUGUCUAAUGAGUGCUGCGAUCUGCUACAGUGGUGUCUGGAACCAAACCCUGAAUUUCGGGCAACUUUGGGGAAAAUCCUGCAGCACAUGUGGUUUACGGCAGGACAUAAGGACACGUGCGGUUCAGCCCCCUCCUGCUAACUAAGAUCUGCUACCACCUUCAUAACAUUUAAAAUGUAAAGUAGAGAAAUUCUAAAACUGUCAGAAUGAAAAAGGGCAGCAUGGUGGUGCAGAGGUCAGCACUGUCACCUCAAAGUAAGAAGGCUGUAGUUUUCCACCUCGCAGUCGACUAAAUUGUCCAGAGGCAUGAAUGUAAAAGCUCCCAGAAUGCCUCGCUGUCAUCAGCACAAGGCCUCAGUGCUCCCCUGUUGAAGCAUGAGGUCCUGCUGUGGCAGAUGUUUGCUGCUGAUGUUUGCGGCAGAUGAUGCCAUGGCAUCGCCACAGCUGGCCUGAUAGAAGAGCGUUCCUUUAUUUUUGGCAGCAGCAGGUUUGUUUUAUUUCCAAAUACCAAAGUCAAAAAUGGCCUACCCAAUUCCCCCCCAAUCCAGUUCAGGAAUACACUCCCUAAUUUCUACAGAUUUCUCAAUCAUCAUUCAAGCUGUGAAGAAAAAGUCAUCAUCCACCCACAGACAGUACUGAGUGGUGACCUGUGAGACAGCAACGUUCCUGCCAGCAACCCAACCCUCCAGGAUAAAACAGAAAAAAACAACUGCAUCAGUGAACUCUCAGUACUGAACCACUGUACACAACAUCACCAGUGGACACAGCAUACACCAUUAACAUAAUCAUGUGACAAAUAAGUUUGGUUAA